CUGACAGCUCGUCCAAACAGUGGAAAAUCCUAGUGGAGAAGAAGCGUUUUUCCAAAGAGGCUUCUAUCAAAAUCCAUAUCCAUCCGCUUUUGUUUUGUGAAAGAUGAUAUCGAAAGCAACACGAACAUAAUCUACACAUUCUAAGCUUUCAUAUAAUACCAAUAUCGUUGUGGUCUAAUAAAUAUGUAGAUAGAAAAGGGAUGGUGAAAGUUGGAUUGUUACAGAACGAACUGAAUCUUCUCAGGGGAGGGGGGCGUCUGAAUAAAGGUGUUUGUACACCAACAGAGUAAGGUGAUAGUGGGGUGGUUAGGUAACCAAGAACAGCGAAAACAUCAGGGUUUACUUUUCAAAACAUAAAAUUCUGGUUAUUUCAUAAAAAUAAUACCGAACCACAAUGGAAUUGAGAGUGGGAAACCGAUAUAGGCUGGGAAGGAAAAUUGGAAGUGGAUCUUUUGGAGACAUCUAUUUGGGCACAGACAUCUCAGUUGGUGAGGAGGUGGCCAUAAAACUGGAAUGUGUGAAGACGAAGCAUCCCCAGCUCCAUAUCGAGAGCAAGAUCUACAAAAUGAUGCAGGGAGGAGUGGGCAUCCCUACCAUAAAGUGGUGUGGAGCAGAGGGGGACUACAACGUCAUGGUCAUGGAGCUGCUGGGACCCAGUCUGGAGGACCUGUUCAACUUCUGCUCCCGCAAGUUCAGCCUCAAGACAGUCCUACUGCUGGCUGACCAGAUGAUCAGCCGUAUUGAGUACAUCCACUCUAAGAACUUCAUCCACAGAGACGUGAAGCCGGACAACUUCCUGAUGGGCCUUGGCAAGAAGGGCAACCUGGUGUACAUCAUCGACUUUGGCCUGGCCAAGAAGUACCGCGACGCCCGCACACACCAGCACAUCCCCUACCGCGAGAACAAGAACCUGACCGGAACCGCACGCUACGCCUCCAUCAACACACACCUGGGAAUAGAGCAGUCGCGUCGUGACGACCUGGAGUCUCUAGGUUAUGUCCUGAUGUACUUCAACCUGGGCUCUCUGCCCUGGCAGGGCCUCAAAGCCGCCACCAAGAGGCAGAAGUACGAACGCAUCAGCGAGAAGAAAAUGUCCACCCCCAUCGAGGUGCUCUGCAAGGGCUACCCCUCUGAGUUUGCGACAUACUUGAACUUCUGCCGUUCUCUGCGGUUUGAUGACAAGCCAGACUACUCGUACCUAAGACAACUGUUCAGAAACCUGUUCCACAGACAGGGCUUUUCCUAUGACUACGUGUUCGACUGGAACAUGCUCAAGUUUACUGCCCCUAAUUCCAAGGGGGCCAACCGGGCAGCGGAGGCGGCGGAGCGGGAGCGCAGGGACCGAGAGGAUAGGCUGAGACCUGGCAGGAACCCUGGGGCCAGGGGGCCCCCUGCCGCCUCAGGACGCCCCCGCGGAACACAGGAUGGGGCUCCUCCUACACCCCUUACACCCACGUCACACACAGCCAACAUGUCUCCACGGCCGGCGUCCGGUAUGGAGAGAGAGAGGAAGGUGAGCAUGCGGCUUCACCGGGGAGCUCCCGUCAACGUUUCCUCGUCCGACCUGACGGGACACCAGGAAACCUCCCGCAUGUCCACCUCACAGAAUAGCAUUCCCUUCGAUCAACACGCCAAGUAGAGGCCCAGCACGUCCUCGUAUGAUGGCCCGACGGCCAAACCGGAUGGUGUCUGGCAUGAUCCCUGGUGGCCUCCACUCCGCUGCGCCUCGAUGAGACGGACCCACAAUGCAGAGCAGAGGAUUGCACCAAGUCUGGCUCGACCAACCUAUCAGCAGCUAGCUACUACAGAAAAAAAUAAGAACACCUCUUCUCUCCUGGCCUGGCAGAAGGUUUUUUUUCUCACUCUGUGUCCCUUUCGCUUUCUAUAUAUAUAUAUAUAUCUGGCUGUAGACCACAUCUGCGUCCUUCUCCAGGAGACAUUUUGAAAGCCUCUGUGGAGACUGAUCUUCACAGCCAUGUCAAAAACAGACCUCUUCAGGACUGAAAUGACCAAUGGAAAUCGUGACCAACACCGUUAUCUCCAUUGUUACGACUCCUCAUCAACAGCACUUUGUCAGACAUUUUCUACUCCCACUGUAAAUUGCUUCAGAGCCCUGAUUGAUGAAUCUGUUCUUUGUUUUGCAGUACCGUUUCAGUAUAAAAAGAGCCAAUUGAUGAUGGCUGUUUUAAAUGCAUAGUUUUGGGUGUACUGCUUUUUAUUUUAUUAGGGCAGAUGUUGCUGUUUGACCACCAGCUGUUUUUUGUUUUCCAUUGUUUUCACAAUUCUGAUCGGUAACUGUAGCCAUUUGUAAUAAAUACUAAUUGCAUGUUUUAAAACUGUCCCUCCCUUUGACAAAGCUAAUAUGUAUAGUGUCAGGUUUGAACUAUCUGAAACCACAUGAACAUUUUAAAUCUUCUUUCUGAGUCUCUGGAUGGGUUUCUGUGCGAAGUCCAUCAGUUUUCUCUUCCAAGACAGUCUUAUCAACUGCUGUACAGAUUUACAUCUUCAUUCCCUGUAAUUUGUAUUAUUUCUAAGAUGUGUAAUACCUGUAAUAUAGAUGUGUAAAUGUUUCUGCUUUUUUGUUACCUUUUUGGGUGAAUUUGGGUUGGGUUUCUUACAUUGGCUCUCAUUUGGGUCUGUUUAAAAGUAUGACAUCACUGUUCUACAACCGGUCUGGUCCAGAAUCAUUGUUCCUGCCAAGUUUCUUGUGUCUGUUUGUACCCACACUUGACAUGAAGUGCAGGAUCAUUUUAGGUGUGCCUUAAGCACACGCUCACAGAGAGACCUUUACCACUGUCUGUUUGCUUAACUGGCUGCCAUUUUAAACCUUUAUUGAAUGUAAACGUUUUAUAGGAGACUCCUUUCUGGCUCUAUAAUGUGAUGACUGGUGUUACCUUUCCAUAUCUUCAAAAGCUAAAUGGUCUUGCACUGAUGGUUAAAAGCUGCGGCACAUGCACUUAAUCAGUCCCCAGGGGUGUAUUUAGCAAAACACACUGUUUUGAAAUAUUCAGAUGACCUAUUUCCAUGUACAACAACCGCUUUGACAAACAGAAAUAGGUGUCUAUUUGUGCCCGGUCUAGCAGCCACAUUCAACAUUUGACUACUGAACAUGACCCUGAUCUUUGAAAUGAUACACUUGUAUCUGGUUAACUUUGAUAAUCUUUAGCAAAGUGUGACGCAACAAAUUAAGGUGUUCAACUCUGUCAACAAAAGACUAAGGAGAAUCAUUGCUCAGGCCUAAAUGACUCUUUUUAAUCCAGGCCUGGAUCCUGGCAAGUCAUUUUACUCUCUGGUUUGUUGAUUACGGACUCACCCUCCUAUGCUAUGUAAUAUUACUUUCAUUUGUAUUUGCCACUGUAUUUCUGUACUAAAUAGAUGAAGUACUUAUUU